GAAAUUGGACCAUACGUCACAACAACCCCCUAACCGGAAAUUUCGAUUUGUGCAGCCACUUUUAUUAUGUCGAACUUCAAAACAGUAAUUUGGCCUAAAGUCAUUUUAUUUGGGGACUCCAUCACACAGUUUUCAUUUCAAGCCAAUGGCUGGGGUGCAGAAAUUGCCAACAAACUAGCAAGAAAGUGUGAUGUUGUUAACAGAGGACUGUCUGGCUACAACUCCAGAUGGGCUAAGAUAGUUCUUCCUCGCCUCAUCAACAGCCCAAACUCAGCAGACAACAUAGCUGCUGUCACCGUCUUCUUUGGAGCCAACGACUGUGCACUGGAAGAUAAAAACCCCCAACAGCACGUCCCUCUGCAAGAGUAUUCAGAGAACCUAAAGGAGAUCACCAGGCUUCUGGCUUCAGCUGGAGUGUCAGCAGACAGAGUUAUCUUCAUCACCCCUCCACCUGUUCAUGAGCCGGCCUGGGAUAAGGAGUGCAUUCUGAAAGGAUGUCCACUCAAUCGCCACAACUCUGCAGCGGGGCAGUAUGCCCAGGCAUGUGUCCAGACUGCCAGUCAGUGUGGUACAGACGUCCUGGACCUCUGGACGCUCAUGCAGAAAGAUGGACAGGACUACACAGGCUAUCUGUCUGACGGGCUGCAUCUCUCACAGAAGGGAAACCAGUUUGUAUCACAGCACCUGUGGGAGCUGCUGGAGAGUCGGGUGGCUGAUCUGCCCUUCAUCCUGCCUUACUGGGGAGACGUGGACCCCAAGAGUCCUGAGAGCAGCCUCCUCUGUAACCAGUGAAGGAGAGGACAUUGGCUUUGAAAAAUAUUUUCAAGAUCCUACAGGGCUGGAUAUUCUGUGAAACACAAAACACUGACCAGCACUCCUUUGUUGCACUUGUUGGAAAUGCCCAGGUGAAUGAAUGAAGCAGCUGUGAUUUGCCACUAUGUGAAAUGUGAGACCACAUUUAAAAUGCACAAUAAAGAUUUUUUUUAUUUUGAGAUGUGUGUAGGUAAUGCAAGUGAGGAACUUAAAAAAAAGAGAAACAUUAAGAAUAAACACAAUCAGAAUAUGA